UUACUGUAUGCGGGUCCGGCCCGCCCGUAUUUUUGGCUUAGUCGUCGUCGGAUCGAUCCCGAAUUAACUGCACUCUCGUCUCAAACGUCUCUAUCAAUUGAAAUGUCGGAGGAGUUGGAUGACCUGCUGCUAUUGGAGACCGGUGACCCAGAGCCGUAUCCGCCGUGGAACUUCUCCUGGGUCGUCGAUGAUGAACUUGCGGUGAUGGCGUGGCCACAGAACACACUCAACUUGGAUUACCUCUACGAUGUGGGCAUCCGGCAUCUGGUCACGCUCUCUCCGGAGAAGACGCCGCCGAUGGAAGGAUACAGCAAGAUCGAGUGGACUCUGAUUCCCGUCGACGAAUUCGAAGAUCCCACGACCAAGCAGAUCCUUCAAUUCAUCGAUAUUUGCCAGAGGUCGCAGCUCAAGAAUCAGGCAAGUUUAAAAAACUUCAGUUCAAACUAACAUCAUUUUAUGUACUAA